AUGACCCUUGCUCGCAGGGAGUACACCCACGACGCGCCGCCCGGCACCGACUUUCUUGAUGCAGACGGCAAGGCACACUCCGUGCACUACCCUAUGCCGUCCGACUCGAUCCACGACCCGCUCGUGUGGAAGCCAGCUUACAAGGCUGCCACAUACUGGCUCGGAGCUUGGUGGGUCUUCUGGGCGUGUCUGCCGGUCGGAGCGCUCUCGUUCAUCUACCCUGCCUUGAUCCGAGACUACAACAUGACGCCUGUCGACAUCUCGAGGGUAAUGGGCUGGAACGGACUCGUUCUCGCGCUCGUCGGAUUCAUCUUGCUUCCUUACGCUUCUGCAUAUGGUCGUCGCCCCAUGAUCCUUCUGAGCAACCUCGUCAGCAAGUUAAACCCCAUCGCCGGCCUCAUCUGGAUCACUCAGACGCACACGCAUCGCAGCUUCCUGUGGGCGCGCAACGUCUAUAGCAUAGGCGCCGGCGCCAUCGAGUUCCUCGGCCUCUGCCUCGCAGGCGACCUCUUCUUCACGCAAGAUGCGGGUUUCUGGCACGCAAUUGGCUUUGCGUCGCUUGUCCUAUCGUCGAAUGUGGGCGCGCCGAUUCUCGGGGCGUUCGAGCAGCGGAAUCACGGCUGGCGCAACUUCUUCUGGUUCUUGGCAGGCAUCCUCAUCUUCACCCAAGUCGUCUUCGCCGUCUUCUUCCCCGAAACGCUCUGGCACCGCACGAACGCCUCUUCUCGCGGCGAAUUCGUCUCGAGCGACCCGUCCGGCACGACCGCCCAGUCCGAGCCUGAGACCGUCUCUCACGACGACGAGAAGGAUGAUAAGUCGCCCUACAGUCCCGCCACGACAGACAUCUCGACCGUGAACGGCCUCUCCACCGCCCAAGCCGCCAUCAUCGCCAACGUCGGCAAAGGCUACCCCAGCACAGCGCAGCGCUACUCCGUCUUCCCUCCACGCAACAAGCAGUACUCGGUCGUGCAGAACAUGCUCGACAUGCUCGUCCUGUCGUCCUUCGGGUCAAUCAUCCUCUUCACGAUCUGGUGGUCCGCGUUCUGCGGUUUCCUCAUUUCGACCGGCUUCGUAGCGAGCGCCAUCUGGGCUGCGCCGCCAUACAACUUCGGUCCUGUCGCCGUCGGCUGCACGAACAUCCCGCCGACAAUUGGCAUCUUCCUCGGAUUUUUCGUCGCGGGGCCGGUUGUCGAUCGGGACGUCGCGCAGCAGGCAAAGCGGAACAACGGCGUGCGGGAGGCGGAGAUGCGGUUGCGGUCAGCGAUUGCUGGCGGAGUCGUCGCCGUCGUCGGGCUUGUCAUCUAUGGCAUCGGACUCGAGCGACAAUGGCACUGGUCAGCAAUCUUGAUCCCCGGUAUCGGUCUGAACCAAUUCGCAUCCGCCUUCUCCGUCGUCGCCAUCUCGUCGUACGCUACGGACGUUUACAAGCAGUACGCCCUCGAGAUCGGCUUCAUCACGACGCUGUUCAAGAACAGCUGGGUCUUCGGUCUCGGCUACUUCAUGAACGAUCUCUAUGUCCGCGUCGGUCCGCUCAAGAUGACUGUCCUCAUCUCCAUCCCGCUCUACGCAGCGAUCGUCUUGACCGUUCUCUUCCUCUGGAUCGGAAAAGCUACCCGCCGCUUCAGCGCCAAGUUCGCCAUCAUGCAGCGCGACUAA